GGAGAAGUUGUAUGAUGUUUAUUCUCCGGCAGAAGCGAAAGUGGUGUGAAUUGAAUUGGGAGGCUUGUUCAUUUUCCAAGGUGAGCUGAGUGAAUAACUGACUUUAGAUUUUAAAUCGAUAUAGUAUCGCUUAGCACAUUUUUUUCACUGUAUAACAUAAUUUUUAAGUGGGAUUGGUCAUGCACACUUUAGCUUAGCUACAUUAGCAACGAGCUUGUACUGUAUAACAGAUACUACAUUGAUAUGCAACUGUGGGCCAGAGCUGCAGCGUCAAAUAUAUAACGUAACAGUUCGACCGACACAUUUCACGUUACGUUCCUAAAGACCGACAUCAAAGACAGUAAGCGGAGACAGUUGGACAGAAGCACUGCAAAACGCCAACGGAACGCAAGAAGCUUGCGACAGCAUUCUCCAUGAACAACUUGAAUGAGCCCCCAGUAUGGAACAUCAGACCAAACCAGCGAGGGGAUGGAGAUGGGAACAAAUGGAACUAUGCCCUUCUUGUGCCAAUGCUUGGAUUGGCAGCCUUCCGGUGGAUAUGGUCCAGAGAGUCCCAGAGGCAGAUCCAGGAGGUGAAAUCCAGGUAUGACAAAGACAUGGCGGCCAUCUCCAAGGAGCUGGACGGCAAGUACAGGGAGACCCUGACUGAGAGCCGGCGGGCGGCGGCGCACCUGGAGCUGGAGCUGGAGAAGGAGCGGCAGCGCGUGCAGGGCUACCGCCAGGCCCUGGCCUCCCAGAGCCAGCAGCUCCUGGAGGAGCGGCGGGGGCUGCAGCAGGAGCGCCAGGCCCUGGAGGGGGAGAAGGAGCAGCUGCUGAGGUCGGGGCGCGCCGGCGCCGUCCUGCGGAGCGCGCUGGAGAGGGAGGCCGGCCAGCAGCGGGGGGCGGCGGCGCUCCUCGCGUGGUUCGAGGAGGAGCUGGUGGAGCGCCAGCACGCCUUCUGCAGCGUCCUGGUCCCGCGCGAGCGCCGCCUGGAAAUGGAGAGGAACCUGCUGGUCAGGGCGGCCCGGGAGCCCCUGGUGUCCGAGCUGGGCAUGGAGGCCGGCCUCCAGGACAUCUUCAAAAUGGACCGGCACUGCGCCGACCUGCGGAACACGGACAAGCGCAGGAACGGCAGCUUGAUGUGGCUGUACCUCCGGUACUGGGAGCAGCAGGUCGAACUGCAGAAGCACAAGAGGGCGGAGGCUGCCCUGCUGGGGCCGCAGUCUGACCUGAAGUGACCUUGCUAGGUUGAUGGUAAAGAGGAAAGGAACAAGUCAUCAGAAAAAGUGUUUUGGUUUAAGUCACGUAAAUAGCAAGUUCCGGAAAACAUCCAUUUUAAUAUCCACUGUAAAGCAAAUUGCUGAGAUCACAAUGGCUGUCGCAGAACUUAAGGCUUUUGUUACUUCAGCCAGUAGGUGUCAUUGCAGUGUUGCAAUUUACCACGCUGCAACUGAGCCUCAGAGAAAUGCUAGCCUUUACUAUUCGGGCGUCAUAAUUAGCUUGUGUGAAGAUAAGGGAGUUCCAGCUCAUAUUGAAAUCAUCUUCCUUCAGGUGUCAACUUGUUGGACUGUUUAUCUGAACUGUUAAUUUGCAUAUUACAGGCACAUUGUUCAUCUGCACUGGAUGGUUUCAUUUCAAUCAGUAAUUUUAAGACGAGGGACAACAACAUAUAAAAAUAAAGCUGUAAUUAAGAAUAAGACAUGGUCGUUGAUAACUUUUUGAAGGUGGUCAAAGCCAAAGGUAUGUUACUUUAACAUGGAGGAACAAAGCCAGUGUUCAUAGUGUGUUAAAUGCAGCCUGUCUUUGUAUCAGUUUUUGCUUUUUGCCCCAUAAUUUGGAAUGGCCAAGGGUAACUGUGUGUCUCAUUGCAGUUGCAUCCUCCAGCAAUUAGGAAGAGGUGUGCGUUUGGUGCGCGUCAUUCCCAGAUCCUAGGCGUCCGGUUGACCAGAGGAGCCGCCAUUGUGCGGUGACGGGGAGCCCCUUCCUCCACGGGCUAAAGCGCGGCAAAUUGCCUAGCACCCUGCGGGACUCCUGAUCGCAGUUAGCAUUGCAUUUGGUCACAUCACAGCACUAAGUGCUAGUACGAAACACAUGCUUGUCAAAAGCAUUAUUGAAACCAUUUUAUGUGCUUCUUAUAAGUCUGUCCUAAAAGGCAAUCUUUAAAAACAGUAGUGGACAGUCUAUCCUCCUUCAUUCAUUUUUGAAAACUUUAUUCAGAUGGGGAAAGCAAAACGGGAGAGAGGAUCUUUGCACGGAGGGUCCUCUGGUGGGGAUCAACUCCCCACCUGUGCAGGGAGAUUCAUAAUAUGGAUCAAGAGUGGGCCGCCCUACAGUCUGUGCCAAAUGUUGAACUUUUAUGACCCUGAAUUCACUACAAUCAAACAAUCCUUGGCACAACACAGAUAUCUAAUUGAGAUGUAUAUUACUUUAUAGUCAUGUCAAAUGUAGUGGCAAUGAAAUGAUCAUUUCAUGAUGUGAUUCAAAGGUUGUGCAAAAUGUGUGUGGUUGUGUGCAAAGAAAGAGAUGUUGCUUCCACUGUUGCUAAUUCUCACAUCUCACACAGCUAGAGCGUCCGACCCAGCUAUGAAACAACCUGUUUACCAGACGUGAUGAGUGUGAUCAUAACUAACUGUCUGUAUUUGUUAUGUAAAACUCAUUAGAGCCAUUUCUUCAUCAAGUAUGCAAAUGUGUCUUCAGUGUAAUACUUGUUCCAAAUGGGACUGAAAAUGUUGUGUGUGUGAAUAAAGAAAAAAUGAAAUGUCA